AUGAAUCCUCACCAGCAGAAUAAGGUCGAUAUCAGCUCGUUGAGCCCCGAUGAGCAGCGGCUUUUGCGUUUGUAUGGCAAAAUGCCCAACAAAAAAGACCUCCUGCAGAAUAAACUGAAGGAGCGCAAGUACUUCGACUCGGGCGAUUAUGCCCUGAGCAAAGCGGGUAAAGCUUCAGAUGUGGGAGUGACCAACAUCGGCUCGCAACACCCUGUCCCCGAGAACAUCCCUCAUCUGACUGCCACGUCCUCCGGAGCCAAUAACCCCGGCGCCGCCAACAAUGGUACCAGCACCAACUCGCAAGGACAGCAGAUCCCUGGCAGCAUUAGCGGCCAUCACGGCUCGAUCGGAUUCCAAAGCCGGAGUCCUGUAAAGGAGGGGAGCUAUCUGCAACGGGAAACGAGUGCAGAUGAGUCUAUCGAUGACAAGGACAAGGAUAAAAAAGACCUUAGCGUCAGCCCUCCUCCCACUCAAGGUGGCGUCCCCAUUCGGCAAUAG